CCGCGGGCAUCUUAUUAUCAACUACGCAGGUCUAAGUGCGCCUGACAGCGUAUCGCACGCCCCCUCCCCUUCCAUGGCUCUCCACUGCAGCAGCAGCAGCAGAAGAUACUCGUGCGAGUCCGCAGCUCAAACCCUAGAAUGGAUGAAAGCCAUUACAGAUUUCCUGACACCUUUCAAACCCCUUUUAAACGCCCACGUCGUCAAUUUCUUCAAGGAUCGGUUGUGGGAGUCGAUCGAUAGGGAAUGGAUGGAUUGUCUCCGGCGAGAACCCGUCGAGAAUCUUCUCAAGAUUCCAUCAGGAAUAGUUCAGGAAUCUUGGCCGGCUUCACUUAAGGAAUUUAUCUUCACCUCGAGAUCUCUAGUUCUUCCUAGAGAGCCAGGACAAUUGCAAACGAUAUUACCUGAUUUGCAUGUGGCAUCAAUUGGUAGCGUUUUGGCCCAAGGCAUGAACAUGAAGAAAAAGCAUGAAGUUGAAAUUUUAGCUGCAGUUGUCAAUACAAUUGCGAAUUGUGUGGGAGCUCGCACAGUACUUGAUGUUGGUGCUGGUCAGGGUUAUCUUGCGCAAGUGCUUUCAUUCGAAUAUCACUUUUCUGUAAUCGCAAUAGAUGCCUCUUCUCACCAUGGAACUAUUACAAGUGCGCGUUCUGAGAGAAUGAAGAAGCACUAUGCAGCUAAAAUCCAUAAAUCUCAAGCAGGAAACAAAGACUUGAAGGUGCCGCAGACAGUCACGUGCCAGGUUUUGUCAAGUGACACAUUGAAGACCUUGAGUGCCACUCUGUUAUGUAAAGCAAAUGUAGAACCCUCAAGGGAGGUUGGAAAAAGUACAGAAGCACCUAUUCUUGAAGGUUUUGAAGUAAAUGGGGGAAAACAAUCUUCCUCAUUCAAUGACCAGAGUAUUGAAUCUCCAUUGGUUCUUGCUGGGCUUCAUGCUUGUGGGGAUCUUUCAGCAACAAUGCUUAGAACAUUAUUGGAUUGCAAAGAAGUUAAAGCACUAGUUAGCAUUGGAUGCUGUUACAACUUGCUUUCUGAAGAAUGCUCUGAGAACACCACCUCCACAUGUGGAUUUCCAAUGAGUGAUGGUGCUAAAUUGCCUGGCUUCUCCCUUGGCAAAAAUGCACGUGAUCUUGCAUGUCAGAGUGCAGAGAGAUGGAGAAGCCUUACCAAGGACGCUGCUCUUCAAAAUUUUGAAGUACAUGCUUUUCGUGCUGCCUUUCAGAUGGUUAUCCUCAAAUACUAUCCAAAUGUUCUAAUAACAAGUCCAUCCAUUGGGCGGCAAGGGAAGGCAAUGCGUCGCCAGCAGUUAAGGAGGGUUCUGCAAUCACAGCUGUCUGUAGAAGAACAUUUUAACUCCCCUUCAGUUGCCAAACAUGAACACAGCGAGAAAGAUGCAGAUUUACCAAUUAUGAAGUCUAUAGAAGUUGGUGGCAUUCAAGUACAGCACAAAGAUUUUCCUAGUAAAGAUGAUAAAAUAAACACGUGUGCUCAAUCUGCUAAGAAGAUCCUUUAUUCUGGUACUGGAUGCGAGCAGACUCAAUCUUUCAGAGGAUCUGAUAAAUUUAUGCUUUUUGAAGAAUUCAGCAAGUCUGGAUUAUCUCGCCUUGGCCUCUCAUCUCCAUGUGCAAUUGAUCUUCUUGGGAUAUGGAAGGAUGCUCAGCCUUUCUCUCCAACCCCAAUUAGUUGGGAUAAGGUUUAUACAAUGACUACAAUGAUGAUAAUGAUAAUAAUAGUGGUGAUGAUGUUGAUGAUGUAUUUGUGUUUGUGCACGUGUAUGCAUGGGAGCUUGUUGGGCCGUAUUGGUCUCUUCGGGCUACUUUGGGGCCUGUUGUGGAAACUUUUCUUCUGCUUGAUAGGCUGUUGUUCCUUCAGGAGCGUCACACUUUGGUACCAGAAGUAACAAUACUCCCUCUAUUUGAUCCUACAUUGUCACCACGAAAUUUGGCUAUCAUCGCUCGGAAAUUUUGAUGAAGAUGCAAUCUCCUCGAAUAUGACAAGGAUAUAAAAGUUUCUAGUCCAUUCUGAUGGGACAUCAAAGGACCUACUCGGAUGUACAAGAGACGGAGAUGACCACCCACAUCAGCACAACUUUCUUUGUGGAUGAGAGACGAGUUCCAGAUGGGGUCCGCCGGGCCAUUUGAAGACCUCACAUACAUUGGACGUGUAUAAGGAAGACCCCACUUUGGGAUGAUGCAUGUAGGCUGCUUAGGAGACCAUUUUUGUCAUAUGAUUUCUAUUUCGUAUUGAUCCGACCAUUGAAUCUUGUCAAUCAAGCCAAUGGGCCACUACAUCUUUUUAGAUAUGGGCCCCUUGGCCUCCGAUCUUACUUCCUUUUUCUUUUUUUCUUUUUUUUUUGCUAUUUUUAGGAAUUAUUUGAUGAUUGAGAUUGAUAAUAAAUGUUUUAUUUUUCUUAUUUUGGAUGAUGGGCUACUUCACUUAAGUGAGUGGCAUAGUUGUAAUUAUGCUGAAUUUU